AUGUUAAACGAAAUUGAAGAUGAGGUAACAAGACCAGAGUCAGGAUACCAGCCGCUCAAGAAAGACAUCAAUGCCCUAAACGAAAGGGUUACUGAAGUAGAGCUGGACUUGGACCAGUACAAGAAAGACCAAAACAGCAAUAUCAGCACUGGCACGCUUCAGAGCGUAGAGGCGCACCAUAAUUCCGUAGACGCUUCCAUCGCUGCAUUCGGAACAGCGGGAAUAGGCAAGCUCACAGCUUCUGCUGCAGACAUCACAAAUGCGUCAAUUGCCAAUAUCAGCGGCACAGUGGGAAUAGACAAGGCAGUAAUAGGCGAGCUUGAGCUUGUGCACCCGAACUUUGAGCGACUCAACGUAACGACUCUUCAUGCAGACGCCGUAGACACAACUCUCCUUGACAUAGACGAGCUCAAGGCAAAUAAGAUAAGCUCUGACAUAGUUAUGCAAGACGUGUCAGCCGGCACAGUAAACGCAGAGUCGGUUAUUGCAGAAGACGUAGAGACAAGCUCAAUUGAGUCUGGAAGCAUCCAUAACGACGGACUUUUGUCUACAGGCGACAUAACUGUUGCUAACGACAUCGAAGUAGGCGACAGGGUAAAGGCCAGGGAUAUUCAGGCAGGACAGGCAGAGCUUAACGCCAUAGACGUAUUGACGAUAAAGAACAGCAAGAACACACGCAACGAGAAGUCUUUCAUAAACCUUCACCCUGUGCUUCAGACUAUAGACGACUAUUACGUAGUCAAAGUGCCUAACACAAAAGGCUUGAUACAGAUGGAAGCUUCUGACGGCUGCUGGAACAUGACGAUAAUAAAGAACGGCAGGAACUCCAUUGUGGCUUAUUCUGAGGCUUCAUUGGACAAAAUUCCCGUCAUCAGGUAUACCGAAGGCGGAGACAUCUAUUUCUCUGUGAAAUGCGACGGCCAGAUAAACUACGUGUUCGACCGCACAGUGGUAUUGGGCAACAACACUGUAGAGAACGGCCUUACCGUAAUGGGACAGCUUGAGUAUGUCAUAGGCCCUGAAGAAGUCGACCAGCUUGUCCGCAACCUCAACUUGAAGGGACAGCUCAGGUUCGUAAACCCUGACGGAACGACUGAAAUUGGAGAAAAAGGCUUUUAUGUGGCUUCAGACGAGAACGGAGAGCCGCAUUGGGUAGAGCCUUCUGACCAUCUAGAUGGAACAUUGUCUGAUGCCGUUGACAGGCUUGUUACUGAAAGAACUAUAGCUGCUUGGGACGGAAGCUCGCUCUUAGGAAAAGAAUUCAGCAACAAUAUAACCAAGCUCGGCAAAGUGACUGAAGGCGAAUGGGCUGCAGGAAAGGUGACUACUUCAGAUCUCAACGCAACAGAAGCAGUUAUAACUACGCUCUCAGGCAAUGAAGCUUCUAUUACAACAGUAAAUGCCCAUGACGUUGACGUAGAAAACGGAGUCGGACAUGAAAAUACAUCAAUUCUUUUCGAUAGAGGCGUUAAUGCCGAUACAAUAGAAUAUGCUGCCGCUAACAAUAAGUUUAGCAAUAUCGAAGUAUCAGGCACAUUAAAUGCUACUGCAAACAAGGCCAAGGCAGACAAAGACGGCAACCAGAUAGACACAACAUACAUCAAGGCAAGCACAAAGGGAGAGGCUAACGGAGUCGCUUCUUUGGACGCAAACGGCAAGCUUCCUUUGGCUCAGCUUCCUACAGAAGCCAUCGUAUUCAAGGGAAUGUGGAACGCUUCCACAAACUCUCCUGCAUUGGCUGACGGAACUGGAACAUCCGGCGACUACUACAUCGUCUCUGUAGGCGGAACCAGAAACUUAGGAUCCGGCAACAUCACUUUCGUGGCUGGUGACGGCAUCAUCUACGACGGAAGCAAAUGGAACAGAAAAGCAGACACCAACUUGGUACAGAGCGUCAACGGCAAUACAGGAGUCGUUCUCGUCAAGUACUUGCACGACUUCACGGCAACUUCCUUUACUGAAGGCGUUGCGCCCGUAGCCAACUUCUGGAACGCCUUUCCGGUCGGCUUGUGUGAGUCAGGCUCUACUAUAAACGGACACAAUGCCACUGCAAUAAUUAUGAAGAAAAGCUCUACAUCAGGAAGCCUGAUGAUAUUGGACAACACAGACAACAGCGUAUACUUGGCUCAGAUGGGAAAGCCUGUGACUAGUACUCUGCGUUGA